CUUUACACUUUACGCAAUCUCAAUGGCUUUUGGAAACUCAAUUUCCUUUUUUCCCCACCCCAAAACACUAAAUUUGGCCCCCCCUUUUUUUUUUUUGGAGUAACCAAAUUCAUGAGUGAGUCUGAGCAUCCGAAUGAUGAAAUGCCUAAAGGUCAGAUCUGGUCUCCUGGAUUAGGGACUUGUGAACUGCUCAUUACGGUCAUGACAGCCGUCCCGAGAGUUUGAUUGUAUGACAGCAGAAAGGAUAGUUUUUCAAAAACAUUUACUGGAGAAAAUCCUCUCUUACUGAUCAACUUGUGAUGUCUGAGGUCCAAUCAGGUUUAGUGGCUGGUUUGGAGCCAGAGGAAGAGGUGACAGAUGUCGUAUGUGACGAGGCAGAACUCAAAGAUGGAGAAAUGAUGGAGGUGGAGGUCGGUGACCACAAUGUUCUGCUGGUACGCUGUGAUGGGGUGUACAGUGCCAUCAGUAACCAGUGCACACACUAUGGUGCUCCACUGAGCAAAGGGGUGCUGUCAGGUCACAGGGUCCGCUGUCCCUGGCAUGGUUCCUGUUUCAAUGUGAAGACCGGUGACUUGGAGGAGUAUCCUGGCAUUGACUGUUUGCCCUGCCACAAAAUCAUGAAUGCUGAGAGCGAAAGUCUCCUAAUGAGAAGAAUGGAAUUUUUCCACAAGUAUGAUAUUGAGGUCUGGCUGAAAAAAGAGGCUUUAUCAAUAGAUACAAACAAGAAAACACUGACAUUUGAUGAUGACUUAAUCCAGUGCUAUGACCAAAUCCUUAUUGCAACAGGAUGCAGAGCAAAAAGCCUAGAUUGCCCUGGUGUGGACCUGGAAAACGUGCUAAUGCUGGAAACACCAGAGGAUGCCCGGUGCAUCCACUACGCCUGCAUGGGCUGCAGGACAGUCGUUGUGGGCACUUCCUUUGUUGGCAUGGAAGUGGCCGCCUAUAUGAUAGAUAUGGCCAGUAGUAUCACGAUCAUUGGAAGCAGUGAACUCCCUUAUCAGAAGACUCUCGGCCCAGAGAUAGGAAAGGUCACCAUGAUGGUGCUGGAAGAGAGAGGGGUGACGUUCUACAUGAAUGAUGCCGUCGCAGAGGUUCAAGGCGAAAAUAGGAGGGUUAAGGCUGUGAAAUUGAAGAGCGGUAUCACUAUAGAAGCCGAUUUGUUAAUCGUUGGAAUUGGUGUCAAUCCCAAUUCAGAGUUUUUGAAAGGGAGUCCAAUAAGGAUGGACUCUAAGAACUAUGUAAUUGUGGAUAAGUACAUGAGGACCAACGUAACAGACGUCUACUGUGCAGGAGAUCUGACCUUCUUUCCUCUCAAAAUGGCAAAAGGCCAGAAUGUGAGCAUCGGCCACUGGCAGACAGCGCAGGCACAUGGAAGGAUUGCGGCCUUAAACAUGAUGCGCAGGGAGGUGGAGCUAAACAUAGUGCCAUUCUAUUGGACCGUCCUGCUGGGGAGAACUAUUCGAUAUGCUGGGUACGGGGAAGGAUACACUGAGAUGGUGCUGAAAGGGAGAUUUGAGAACAUGAAGUUUUUGGCACUUUACCUCAAGGAUGAUGAGGUGGUGGCUGCAGCAGGAUUGAAUGUUGAACCGGCUGUCUCUGUGGUGGCAGAAAGGUUGGCGGAAGGAAGAGUGAUUACAAAGGCAGAAGCAGAGUCAGAUGACCUUAGCUGGCUGAAGCUGCAGCCCAUGUGACCACUAACAACAGUUUGAACUCCGAAUCAUCAGAAUUCAGCCAUUCUGUCCACAGUCCAUCCCAUCCAAUCAUGCCUUUACUCAGAAGAUGUUUUUUUGUAACAUUUAUAAA